AUGUCAGGUGUUCUGAAACGUGUUACCCCAGGUGGUACAGAACCCUCUGCAAGAACAAAGAUAUCGGUGGUCGGUGCCGGUUCGGUUGGAAUGGCCGCUGCUUUUUCACUAAUGGAAAUAACCGGUGAGCUUUGUAUAGUUGAUGUGGCAACCGAUAAAGUGAUGGGUGAAGUUCUCGACUUACAGCACGGGGAACAAUUUACGAGAAGAUGUAAAGUGCACGGAAGCGGUGAUUACAAGGAUACUGCGAAUUCGGAUAUUGUAGUUAUUACGGCGGGAGCAAGACAAGUCGAGGGGGAGACACGACUGGAUUUGGUGCAAAGAAAUGUUGACAUAUUCAAGCGCAUAAUUCCUGAGGUAAUCAAGCACAGCCCAAACUGCAUCAUCGUUGUAGUCUCAAACCCGGUUGACGUUUUGACAUAUGUUGCAGCCAGACUCAGUGGUUUUCCACCAAAUCGUAUCAUGGGAACCGGGACAUUGCUGGACAGUGCAAGAUUUCGCCAUCUUCUUGGAGAAAAAUUGGGGGUGUCGGCUAAUUCGGUGCAUGCAUAUAUCAUUGGAGAGCAUGAUUACAAACAGCGGCGCGUGUUUUCUCCAUAUGACGUCGGCACACCUAGCCGUUCGGACUGUCUUAAUGCUCAUAAUAAACAAACAGGUAAUUACGUAUUAGACAACUGCCAUGUUGUCUAUGAACACGCUGAUAUCGCGUGGCUUCACGGACACGUUGGAAUAACCUACGCUUAUGUAUGCGGGUUACGCUUGAACGGUUGUUUAAAUUCAAAAUUCACUUAUCCACCCGGAAUAAUGAGCAUUUUCCAAAUUGAGAUCUAUUCGGACGAAAGAGGUUGA